ACUGGGCAGGGCGCGCUUCUUUUGCCUCCUCUGCUCCUUUUGGCCGGUUCCUUGCGCAGACUUUCUCGCCCUCGGCACCCGAUGGAGUUAUACCACAAAGAGUUUGCCAGCGCCGGGCAGAAGGCUGGCUUGCAGAUCUGGAGGAUCGAGAAGCUGGAUCUGGUGCCCGUGCCCGCGCCCUUGCACGGCAACUUCUACGUGGGGGACGCCUACUUGGUACUUCACACCGUCAAGCAGAGCAACGCCACUUUCUACAAUUUGCACUAUUGGCUAGGAAAAGAAUGCAGUCAGGAUGAAAGUACAGCAGCAGCAAUCUUUACAGUUCAAAUGGAUGAUUACCUUGGAGGAAAGCCUGUGCAGCACAGGGAAAUCCAGGGAUAUGAGUCUACACAGUUCGUUGGAUAUUUCAAAGGCGGCAUCAAGUAUAAAGCAGGUGGUGUAGCCUCUGGCUUUAAACAUGUAAUCACAAAUGACCUAAGUGCACGAAGACUUCUGCACAUCAAGGGCCGGAGAGUGGUGAGGGCCACCGAAGUCCCUCUCAGCUGGGAGAGCUUCAACAAAGGAGACUGCUUCAUCGUGGACCUUGGGACAGAGAUCUAUCAGUGGUGUGGCUCUGCAUGCAAUAAAUAUGAGCGCCUGAAAGCUACGCAGGUGGCCAUGGGCAUUCGGGACAAUGAACGGAAUGGAAGAGCCCAGUUGAUUGUUGUGGAUGAAGGAAGCGAGCCAAAAGAGCUCAUCAAGGUUCUAGGACGCAAGCCAGAACUUCAGGAGGGCGAUGACAAUGAUGAUGAAGCUGCUGACAUCACCAACAGGAGAAUUGCUAAACUGUACAUGGUUUCAGAUGCGAGUGGGUCGAUGAAAGUGUCACUUGUGGCAGAGGAAAACCCCUUCUCAAGGGCGAUGCUUUUGUCUGAAGAGUGUUUUAUAUUGGAUCAUGGUGUAGCUAGAAAGAUAUUCGUAUGGAAAGGUAAGGAUGCUAACCCAAAUGAGAGAAAAGCGGCCAUGAAAUCUGCUGAGGAAUUCAUACAGCAAAUGAAUUAUCCUGCCAAUACCCAGAUUCAAGUUCUUCCCGAAGGAGGUGAAACGCCAAUCUUCAAGCAAUUCUUUCGAGACUGGAAGGAUAAAGAUCAAAGUAAUGGCUUUGGGAAAGUGUAUGUCACAGAGAGAGUGGCAAAAAUUGAACAGAUUGAGUUUGAUGCUACCAAGUUACAUGAGUCACCACAGAUGGCAGCCCAGCACAACAUGGUGGAUGAUGGCUCAGGAAAAGUGGAGAUUUGGCGUGUUGAAAGCAAUGGCAGGAUCCCCAUAGAACCUGCGACCUAUGGACAGUUUUACGGUGGCGACUGUUACAUUAUACUGUACACCUACCCCAAAGGACAGAUAAUCUACACCUGGCAAGGGGCAAACACAACUAAAGAUGAGCUGACAGCUUCAGCAUUCUUGACUGUUCAGCUUGAUCGGUCACUUAUGGGACGGGCUGUCCAGCAGAUCCGAGUCUCCCAAGGCAAGGAACCUUUGCACUUGCUGAGUUUAUUCAAAGACAAGCCCCUCAUUGUUUACAAGGAUGGGACAUCCAAGAAAGGUGGGCAGGUGCCUCCUCCUCAAACACGCUUGUUCCAGAUUCGCAGAAACCUCGCAUUCAUCACCAGGAUUGCAGAGGUUGAUGUCAGUGCAACUUCAUUGAAUUCCAAUGAUGUCUUUGUUUUGAAACUGCCCCAAAAUGCUGGAUAUACCUGGGUUGGUAAAGGAGCAAGCAAAGAAGAAGAAAAGGGAGCCCAAUACGUAGCCAGUGUCCUGAAAUGUCGAACCUCUAGGAUUGAAGAAGGUCAGGAACCAGGGGAAUUUUGGAGUGCCCUUGGUGGAAAGAAAGAAUACCAGACAUCUGCCCAGCUGCAGACUGAAUUGGAAGACCACCCUUCUCGUCUCUACGGGUGUUCGAAUAAGACUGGCAGGUUUAUUAUUGAGGAGGUUCCUGGAGAAUUCACUCAGGAUGAUUUAGCUGAAGAUGAUGUCAUGCUAUUGGAUACUUGGGAUCAGGUAUUUGUCUGGAUUGGUAAAGAUGCCAAUGAAACAGAACGUACUGAGUCAGUUAAAUCAGCCAAACGUUACAUUGACACAGAUCCUUCUGGUCGAGAUAAACGUACUCCAAUCGUAAUAGUGAAACAAGGAUACGAACCACCAACAUUCACAGGCUGGUUCUUGGCCUGGGAUUCCAACAGAUGGGAAAACUGAAUAGCAAAAGAUGGCAGCAGCCAUAGAAGAGGUUAUCAGAGCACAACCGUUCUCCAGCAGUUUUCAGCACGUGCUUGUAUAUCAGUGUUUAUGCAGUUCUUAUGGUCCAUAUUCCACUGAGUGCAUGUGUAAAAUCUUUCCCUCUUACACACACACACAAAUAUUACUAAGCAGAACUUGCAUUCUAUAAAAAUAGAUACUUAUUUACUAUAUACUUUUGGGAAUCCCUUCUUCAAAAUUUCUGAUUGUUAAGUGCACGAAAGGAGAAGUCCUGUCCUUCUUACUGCUCCUACAAAUCCCACCUUCUCCAAAUCCAUGUUUGAGAAGAAACAAUAAGAUUUUCACCUGGAGCUUGUAUACUAGCUGUUAUUGGAAAGAAUGAUGUAAAAACACCCUUUCUCCAGAUUUUUCAACAGUCUUUUACAUGCAUACUACAUUCCAGCUUUUCAGCUACUAUGUACCCUGAAUAUUUUUUUGCCUAUCCUUUAGGUUCCUUCUUUAGAUGUAGAGAUGUCUCAUUUUAACUUCACUGUAAGCAUGAUAUAUUGGAAACGGAUCUAUGGCCAGCAGGAAACAAGAUGCAGCAAACAUGUUAUGUGGUGUAUCUUGUCUAAAAUACUGGCUCCAUUCAGUGAAACCAAGAUCUAUUUCUUGGUGCCAGAUAUCCAGGUAGAAACAAAUAUCCACAUCUCCAGAAGAAUGACCAGAGGAGGAAAUAAGCAGAAGAUUAUUUAGGUCUUUCAGACCUAGAAUAAGAAAAGCUGGUGUAGAAUUUGAGGAAGAAUUAUUGAUAAUGUGUGCAGGCUUGGAAAAUGAUGCAGUACUGUCCCAGGAUACUUAAAUAACAGAAACAAGCCUUGAUUAACAAUCAGCUGUAUGUUUCUUCAUUAUCUUAACCUUUUCACCACUCUUCAGAGUGAAGCAUUGUGCUUCUGUUGCUAAAAAUGUCCCACCUUUUCUUUCUGUGCCAAAAUUUAUGGUCUUUGCACCACAUAUGUAUUUUUUCCCUAUGCAAAAAAUGUCAUAUUACUACUUUGAUUUCUCUUCUCAUACUAUUAGUAGAUUUAUAGGGGCCACAAUAUGACAUCUAUGAGCCUCCUUUCUCAGGGUGUAAUUUCACUAUACAUGAAAUAUUAAUUGAGUUGGGGGCUUCCCCAAGCCAGCUCAAAUAUCACAUCUGUCCUGGACUCACCUUCAAAAUAGUGUGUGUAUGUGAAGCGGGGGGGUGGGGGGAGAGAAUCAACUAUGGAGCAUGGCAUGAUGUCAGGAAGAAUGUCAGCUGUCCCGCCCUUCUAUGUUGUGCUGCUUUUGAUAACAAAAAUGGCUGUGGAGGGGCUCUUUGAGUACACACACAGGACCAGAAGCAGGACAAACAGCUGCUCCCCUUCCAUUUUUUGAUAUCAUGGGAGGGAAGACCAAAGCUCUUCUUGCUGCCAUCCUGUGAGCUGCAGCCAAUUCCUUUCCCCUUCCGGCUAUUUUGAAGGUGAGUCUAGAUCAGAUGUGUAAUGCAAGUUGAGCUGGGAAACCUUCAUUCCAACUCACCUUUCAUGUCUUGUGUAGUAAGUCCUCAGACUACAUCAGUGGCCAAUCACUUUGAUUAAAAAUAAGGGAGGAAGAGACCACAAGGCCGCUUUUGCCAAUUUGUAUUUGUUCUUAUGUUUUUCUUCAUAAUGGAAAGGUGGGACAGAAAUAUAAUAGGUCAGCUGCUCUACUCUUCAAAAAUUCAGGGUGCAAAAUCUAGGUCUAAACAUGAGAUAAAUGUGGUAAUGUCUCCAAAGUUCAUAAUUAACCUGGUAGACAAAGCAGAGGGAAGAAAUAAAAGAUUCCUGCUGAACUGGUAUAUGAAGAUGAAUCAAGCAAAUGCUCCUGAGGCUAAGACUCAGGAGAGAUCUGAAUAUACAAACAGAAUUUUAAAAAUUGUUCCAGAGGCAGCACCAAGCUUGUUUAGUGGCAGUAGAUAGUCAGGGAUAACUCACUGUUCAAAGAAGGACUGUAGAGCUUUGCUCACUUAAGCUGCCCUAAAGAUCUAAAAAAUUCAGAUGCUUUGAAGCAAUUGGGGGGGGGGGUCUGUUUCUUCUUCUCAAAAUAAAGAAAAUUAGAAGAAAAAAUGUUCCCCCAAUUCUCUCACUGGUUUCCCCCCCAAAGAAAUAGAAUACAUACUGAAUUUUCUGGAGUUUUCUUCUGACCCUCACUAUUCAGCUCUGUCCUCUCAAUUAUUUCCUUGUUCUGAAAACUGCUAAAUUAGUUUGCCAUUUCUGUCAAAAGUUCUCUAUUAAGUGGCUUGUGCCAAUGGAUGGACUUGUGCAUUCUAUAUCCCACAUGAGGUUCAAUAGAUAUUCACAGUUAUUUUGAUACAAACUUGGAUAUGUAUCCAGAUGCAUCCAGAUUUGAUCUCUAUGUAUUGUUUAUGAUCCAGCAAGGAACCACACAUGGAAGUUUCCUUCCACUUUUUUGGAUCUUUGCGCCUUUGUGCUAAAUUGGACUUUUAUUUUUAUAUUAUUGUAUUGAUUUGGGUGGUGUGUUUUUUUAAAAAUCAAAGACAUGUGUUUUAAUAAAGUGGCAAUAAAUUAUCCUGACUGUAGAGGUUUUACAGUGAUCUAAUCAUUUUUAAACAAUGAAUUUGCUGGACACACAUAUACCUUAUUUUGACAAUAAUUAAUAAAUGCCAAUUCUGAACAUUUA